CUAAUACAGGGGAAAGGUCGGGGAAUACAAGGGUGCAGCAGCCUACGGCGCAUAUCGCAUAUCAAUCAUAUCAAGAGGUACCUAACCUGCUAACCGACAAUCGCGGGGCAAUCUGUAUAACAUACCGAUAAGCAGCAAAACGAAAUCUGGUACCUUGGAACUUACACCAAAUCCAUUAAUAACACAAUUAGAGCUUCAAACCAGCAACAAUUUCCCAAAUAAAGCUCAGCGAAAGUGUCUACGGAAUAAAAUAAAUAAAAUCCAGCAAAAAUGGCAGCAGACACACCACCGAUCCAGCCCCCCGCGCAGCAGCAACAACAACAAACACAACAAAGCGACAAACCGCGCGAAACAGAGCAAUUCCCCCUCCCCGCCGUCCUGACGUACCCCUCCUCCACCCCGCCAACCCUCAUCACCCAAGGCGCCGAAGCGCGCCUCUACAAGACGACCUACCUCCUGCCCUCCCUCCCGGCCGCCCUCAAGUACCGCCCCCCUAAGAAAUGGCGCCACCCGUCCCUCGACGCCCGCCUGACCCGCCACCGCAUCCUCGCCGAAGCCCGCGUGCUCGCGCGCUGCCGCCGCGCGGGCGUCCCGGUCCCCGCCGUGUACGCCGUCGACGAGAGCGCGGGCUGGAUGGCGAUGGAGUGGAUCGCGGGGAAGCCCGCGCGCGCGGCGAUCAACGAGUGGUUGCGGCGCAGGAAAGAGGGGAACGGGGGUCCGGUGACGGGGCAGCUGGAGGAGGAUAAGGAGCUCGUGGCGCUGAUGCGCAGGAUAGGUGGGGCGAUCGGGCGUAUGCAUGGCGUCGGCGUCGUGCAUGGCGACUUGACGACGAGCAAUAUGAUGUUGCGGCCGUGGGAGAAGGAGGAAUCGAAUGGGCGCGCGGGAGAAGGGGAUGGAGAUGGGUUGCUGGAUGGCGAUAUUGUUAUUAUCGAUUUUGGCCUCGCGAGCCAGAGCACGUCUGACGAGGAUCGCGCUGUCGAUUUGUAUGUUUUGGAGAGGGCCUUUGCUAGCACGCACUCCCGCGCCGAAGAUUUGUUUACUGCUACGCUGGAGAGUUCGUACAGGGAGACCUUCAAGCAGGCGCCUGUAGUCUUGAAAAAGCUCGAGGAGGUUAGGAUGAGAGGGCGCAAGAGGAGCAUGAUAGGAUAAUUCAAUGUUAACUACUCCUAUUAAAAAUGAUAUCAUGGAAGCAAAAC